UUUCCAUCAUCAGAAUGACAUUUCAAACACAGAAGUGUUCAUAAUACAUGGACUGAAAAGACACUGUUUUUUCUGAUUAUCUGAAACAAAAAUCUUCAAAUAAAAUAAAAUCUUCAGUUAAAAACAAGUGAAUAUUACAAAAUUAUAAGUAUUUUCAACAUACAUGAUGGUGUGUAGAUUUUAUGCUUUGAUGAUGAAAAUAAGGCAGCAGAAACUGAAUACCAUCAAACUAUUUUAAUAUAUAAAUUUAAUCAUAUAAUCAAGAUUUAUAUUACGCAGCCAAUACAUUGCUGUUUUAUAUUCACUGAAUUGGGUUCAUUGGGAACAUAUAUAGUUCUAAUCUAGAAGACACAUGCACAGAAGAAGCAUCUGAAAGUUGACACACAUGACCACCUUAGAAAGGCCUUCUUCGAUCAAGCAUACACAUUGGAAUGUCCAAUAAAUCCAAUAAACUUGCAAUAAAUCUGUAUCUACCUCUCUCAGUAAUUUCUAAGAAUAUUUGUUACAUACAUUUUAUUGUACAAUAAAAUUGGUAGAUGUUGAUUUCAUGAGUCAGAAUUUAUGCGUUGAACAAAACUGUUUUACCUUGUCUCAUAAUGCUCCCUAAAAUAAUGUCAUUCUGACUUCAUAUUAAAAAAUGUGUCUUGCUCAUAAGCUGAAAGACUUUUCGUAGGUUUCAAUCCCUGAAACUUCCAGUGAAAGAAAAUAUUCCUGGCAUUGACAAGAGAGGCUGUAUAGGCAUGAGGAGGCUUUGUAACAUGAGAUUCAUGGCAUAACCCGACUCCAUGUCAGUCAAUACAGAUAAAAGGAGAAAAAUCACAAAUGUCUUGACACGUGUACUUCUAUUACAUCUGAUUCGACAACAUUGUAAUCAUUCAAGUUACAUCUGUCUUCCACCUCUACACGACGAAGCAUCCAUUUUUGACGAUCUGCGGGUAUUCUCCAGAUUUUUCCGAGAUCUUCCUUCAGUUUUAAUAUUGGAGAUAUUGGACUUAAGUCGAAUUUCAUGUGGUACAUUGAAUUUUUCUGGACUAGCACAACAGUUAAAUUCAAGAAAGGCUCUCUUCUGUCUCUCGAUGCUUCCGCCACCAUUUCCAUCGUUCCGUUUUCGGCUGAUGUAGUUCUACCAAAUAAAAAUACCGUAUGUAUUAUAAUACAUACAGAAGAAUGUUCAUGUGACGUAUCAUCCAGAACCCUGGAAAUUCCCUGCAGUAAUCUGGUGUUGAAGGUAGCGGUUGUUUAGAUUUGCCAGAUUUUGAUGUUCAGGCAAGGCAUGACCAGUGAUUACGCCCCUUUGAAUCUCGACAGUCAUGGCAGACGAAUGGAAGUUGUUGAUGCGAAAGUUAAUGAACACUGUCAAUGGACUUCAUGCAAUAGUAGUAUCAGACAGGGAAGGAGUUCCUAUACUUAAAGUUGCAGACCAGGUAGCACCUGAGUUAGCAUUACGGGCUGCAUAUUUGAGUACCUUUGGUCAUAUGUCUGACCAGGCUAGCAAGAUUGGCAUGGGAAAUAAUUUGGCUAUCAUCUCCAUCUAUGACAAUCUGCAGGUGGUGCAGGUAAACAAGAAUCCGCUAAUGGUUACUUUUAUUGCUGAUUCUGAGUCUAACACUGGUGAAAUUUUGAAUCUGGAACUGGACUUGCAAGAUGUCUUAAAUGACUUGAAAAAAGUUACUGAAUAAGUAGAUUUUCCUAACAGUGACUUGUGCAAUGUUUGAUGGUUUUUUUCAGUGUAGGUAGUAAUGGAUGAAUGAAAAGAAAGAAUGAAACAAGGUUGGGCUGACAUGUAUUCUCAAGCCCUUACUAGAUUACUCGCUCUCCCUCUCUGACCUAUACACACAAAGACUCCUGUAUGGCAAAGAUUUUCAAUGAAUGGUUGUAAAGGAAAAAUAGAAAGGCAAUGAUUUCUUCAGGAUGUUGAAUGUAAAUGAUACAUGUACAUGGUGUUUGUAUAUAUUUGUAAAAUUAGAGAAGAAGCUUACUCAUUAUCAAAUUGAUCGCUCUCGCUGUUCAAGCACUGAUUUUUGGAGGGUUUGAAGACAUCAAAGAAAAUAUUGACACUUGCAAAUUGAAAACUGUAAUAAAUUUAUUGAAACACCUGCA